GUCCCGCAGCCUGUGUGACCUCGUCGUAGCGCAAGGGGGCAGCACUUGCCUCUCUGUCUCCCCCUCACCUUGUGCACUGCCUGCUGGAGAUUUCCCCGCCCCCUGUAGCAGCAGCAGCAAUCCGAGUUCGCACUCUCCCCGGGACUCCAGCAGGGUAUGAAGGAGCUGCCUGGGCGCUGUAUUGUGCUGGGCUCUCCCCGGUAGCCUCCAACUCUCGGGAACCUGUGGUGCCUAAUGCUCGUGCAAAGAGCCAGCCCGGAGAUGGCCGACCGCCGGCACUGAAGGAGAACUUUGGGAGUUGGAAAGGAAGGGGAGGGAAAGCGCCAGAAGUUUUGCAGACGGGAUUGUUAGGGAAGCAGCAGUGCAGCCAGGGCAAUGGCUAUGGGGCUAGGAGAGAGGCUGCGUGCGGCUCCCGGAUCCACACUUAUUUGGCUUCCUCUUCUCCUUUCUUCCGCGGUUACCGUGUGGGGAACUGCCCGUGCAGACUCGGAAUUUAACAUCCUAGAGGAAGCUCAGCUGGUGGCGGCACAGAUGAAGAAACUGGCGGCGGAGGAGCUGGGGGUAUUCAGCAUGCUGAGGAUAUUCAACUCUUUUGUAUACACAGAGAAGAUUUCAAAUGGAGAAACUGAAGUUCAGCAACUGGCCAAGAAAAUCCGUGAAAAGUUUAACCGAUAUUUGGAUGUGGUGACGCGCAACAAGCAAGUUGUAGAAGCAUCUUACACUGCUCACCUGACAUCUCCAUUGACAGCCAUCCAGGACUGUUGCACUAUUCCAGCUUCAAUGAUGGAGUUUGAUGGAAAUUUUAAUACAAACGUGUCAAGAACUAUUAGCUGUGACAGACUUUCUACAACUGUAAACAGUCGAGCAUUUAAUCCAGGGCGGGAUUUAAACUCAGUGCUUGCUGACAAUCUGAAAUCCAACCCUGGAAUCAAAUGGCAAUAUUUCAGCUCUGAAGAAGGCAUUUUCACAGUUUUUCCUGCACACAAGUUCCGAUGUAAAAGCAGCUAUGAGCAUCGCAGCAGACCAGUCUACGUGUCCACUGUUCGCCCUCAGUCAAAACAUAUUGUUGUUAUUAUGGACCAUGGAGCUUCCAUUACAGAGACACAACUCCAGAUCGCAAGAGACGCGACACUUGUUAUACUGAAUUCAAUUGAUGAACAUGACAAAAUCUCCGUUUUAACCGUAGCUGAUAUUGGGAGAACAUGUUCUCUGGAUCCGUGCUACAAGACGUUCCUGUCUCCCGCCACCAGUGAAGCCAAGAGAGAGAUGGCAAGCUUUGUAUCUUCUGUAAAGUCUUCAGACAGCCCCACUCAACAUGCCCUUGGAUUUCAGAAAGCUUUUCAGCUGAUCAGAAAUACCAAAAAUGGCACAAAAAUUCAUGCAAAUACAGACAUAGUGAUUAUCUAUUUAUCAGCUGGCAUUACAUCUAAAGAUUCUUCUGAAGAGGAUAAAAAAGCUACUUUACGUGUCAUAAGUGAAGAGAACAGUCUGAUGAACAAUUCUGUAAUGAUCUUAACCUACGCUAUUAUGAAUGAGGGAGUUACAGGUUUGAAAGAAUUAGCAUUUCUUCGAGACCUGGCCGAGCAAAACUCUGCUAAGUAUGGUGUGUCUGACAAGACGGGGCUUCCUGUUACAAAGGGAAGCAUGAUGGUGCUAAACCAACUCAGCAACUUGGAGACGACUGUGGGACGAUUUUAUACUAACCUUCCGAAUCGAAUGAUUGAUGAAGCUGUGUUUAGUCUGCCUUUUACUGAUGAGAUGGGUGAUGGUUUGAUAAUGACAGUCAGCAAGCCUUGUUAUUUUGGAAACCUGUUGUUGGGAAUUGUUGGAGUAGAUGUUAACCUUGCAUAUAUCCUUGAAGAUGUCACCUACUACCAGGAUUCCUUGGCAUCAUAUACCUUUCUGAUAGAUAACAAGGGUUACACUCUGAUGCAUCCUUCACUCACAAGACCCUACUUACUGGUAGAACCUCCACUGCACACAGACAUUAUACAUUAUGAAAAUAUCCCCAAGUUUGCCUUGGUGCGACAGAACAUCCUAAGCCUCCCUCUGGGCAGCCAGAUUAUUACAGUGCCUGUAAAUUCAUCGCUGUCUUGGCACAUCAACAAACUACGAGACCCUGGAAAAGAUGCAUAUAAUGUCAGCUACGCUUGGAAAAUGGUUCAGGACACAUCCUUCAUUCUUUGCAUCGUAGUAAUUCAACCUGAGAUACCAGUCAAACAACUGAAAAACCUGAACACUGUCCCCAGUAGCAAAUUAUUGUAUCAUCGUCUUGAUCUUUUAGGCCAGCCCUCUGCCUGCCUCCAUUUUAAGCAACUUGCCACUUUAGAAAGUCCAACUGUAAUGUUAGCUGCUGGAAGUUUUUCUUCGCCUUAUGAACACCUUAGUCAGCCUGAAACAAAGCGGAUGGUUGAGCACUAUACAGCAUAUCUGAGUGAUAAUACACGGCUAAUUGCAAAUCCUGGUCUGAAGUUUUCUGUCAGAAAUGAAGUCAUGGCUACCAGUCACGUCACAGAUGAAUGGAUGACCCAAAUGGAAAUGAGCAGCUUGAACAGUUACAUUGUGCGCCGUUACAUAGCAACGCCCAAUGGGGUGCUCAGAAUUUACCCUGGCUCUCUUAUGGACAAAGCAUUUGAUCCCACUAGGAGACAAUGGUAUUUGCAUGCGUUGGCGAACCCUGGGUUGAUCACUUUUACUGGUCCGUAUUUGGAUGUUGGAGGUGCUGGUUAUGUUGUCACCAUAAGCCACACUAUACAUUCUUCCAGUUCCCAGAUCUCUCCUGGAAACACAGUGGCAGUGAUGGGAAUAGAUUUUACUCUAAGGUACUUUUACAAAGUGCUUAUGGAGCUGCUUCCAGUUUGCAAUCAAGAUGGAGGCAACAAAAUAAGGUGCUUUAUCAUGGAAGACCGAGGCUAUCUUGUUGCUCACCCAACUUUAAUUGAUCCCAAAGGCCACGCUCCUGUAGAACAGCAGCAUAUUACACACAAGGAACCUUUAGUGGCAAACGACAUCCUAAACCACCCCAACUUUGUUAAGAAGAAUCUGUGCAACAGUUUCAGUGACAGAACUGUACAGAGAUUUUAUAAAUUCAAUACUAGUCUGGUGGGGGACCUUACAAACCUCGUUCACGGAAGUCACUGCUCCAAAUACCGACUGACUAGAGUACCAGGGACAAAUGCUUUUGUGGGAAUAGUAAAUGAAACAUGUGAUUCUCUUGCUUUUUGUGCCUGCAGCAUGGUAGAUCGUCUGUGCCUUAACUGUCACAGGAUGGAGCAGAAUGAGUGUGAAUGCCCAUGUGAGUGCCCUCUAGAGGUGAACGAGUGCACUGGGAAUCUUACAAACGCAGAAAGCAGGAAUCCAAGUUGUGAAGUUCAUCAGGAACCUAUGACCUUCACCAUGCUUGAUCCCAGCCUACAGGAUGCACUUUUUCAAUGUGUCAAUACUGGAUGCACACAAAGAAUGGAAAGCAGUUAUUGCUUUGGAGUUCUGGAUUGUGAAUGGUGCAUGGUGGACAGUGAUGGGAAAACCCAUCUAGACAAACCUUAUUGUGCACUCCAGAAGGAAUGCUUUGGAGGCAUUGUUGGAGCUAAAAGUCCGUAUGCAGAUGAUAUGAGUUCCAUAGGGGAUGAAGUGAUCACACUGAACAUGAUUAAAAGUGCUCCUGUUGGGCCUGUAGCUGGAGGAAUAAUGGGUUGUAUAAUGGUGCUUGUCCUGGCUGUGUAUGCUUAUCGUCACCAGAUCCACAGAAGGAGCCAUCAGCAUAUGUCACCACUUGCAGCCCAAGAAAUGUCUGUACGAAUGUCCAACCUGGAAAAUGACCGAGAUGAACGGGAUGAAGACAGCCAUGAGGAUCGGGGAAUCAUAAGUAACACAAGAUUCAUAGCAGCAGUAAUUGAAAGGCAUGCCCACAGUCCAGAACGCAGACGGCGUUACUGGGGAAGGUCUGGUACAGAGAGUGACCAUGGUUAUAGCACCAUGAGCCCUCAAGAAGAUAGUGAAAACCCACCUUGCAAUAAUGACCCUUUGUCAGCUGGGGUUGAUGUUGGCAACCAUGAUGAAGAUCUAGAACCAGACACCCCCCCUCAGACUGCUGCACUUUUGAGCCACAAAUUUCAUCACCAUUACAGACUUCAUCAUCCAGCUUUACAUCACAGUCACCAUUUACAGGCAGCUGUGACAGUACAUUCUGUAGAUGCUGAAUGCUGAUGGAACUAAAACUGUUGCCAAAAGACCAUGGAAAAUGGUGACCACUCAGUCCUGCAUUCAACAUAUGCAUUUUAAGCAAUUGUUUGAGUACGUUUGGCAUUUAGAAAUGACAAUAAAAAAACACUAUUCUGCAAAUGAUUAUGCCCUAGUGAACGGACCUCAAUACAGAAAAUGUGGAGAGAAUAUUGCAUGCAAACAGCUGCACAAAGAGUGGACUUCAGACCCAAGUGAAGGACAGGGCUUUCCUGACUUUUUAUCACUUGACCUUGGACAGUUGAACAAAUGAAGAUACUGGUUUAUUAAAAAAAAAGUGUCUAAACAAAAAAAAAAAAACUAUACUCAUUGUCUUGAGUAGAAAUGUUAAUAGUUUCUUAACAAUGCAUCUCAAUUUUUAAUUAAAGGAUUAUUUUUCUACUAUUUAUUGAAUAUUCAAAACUUGUGGACAGUGGAAACCCUACACCCUUACCUAAGAACAUUAAACACUAUGUUUACCUGAAGAAGAGAGUGAAUGCAAUGGAGUGUUCUCUACAAAGAAUGGUUAGGAUUCUUCCUACAGUACAUUAUCUACACAGGAAGCAAUACAUUGAUUUCUUUCAGUCUGGUUCUUCUUGGUUUUCUAUUGUAUGAUCACUUGCUAAAGCCACUUGCUGCUGAUAACUUUUUAUUUUUUUUAGUCUGUAGGUGACUUGUCAUAUCAGGGUUUGUCAUUAAUAACCACAUUUUAAAACCAGGGCAAAUGCACUGUUUCUGUCUUCAAAGCCACUGAAGUACAAUCCUUGUGUUUUAAAGAAAAAUAGGUGGUAUGGCAAUAUAACUAAAUUCAUUUUUUCUCAGAAAAAAACCUUGUUCAAUGAGCCUACAGGGAAAAUGUUCCAUGUUUUAUCUCGAAGAAUCUAUGGCAGCUCCAGCCCAUAUGUUUAAAUGCAAAUAUGCAAGUGAUUAUUUUGUUUUCUCUACUCCAGUUAUUGCUGUCGGUCUGUUAAAUUACACUUUAGACAUAUUUAUAAAUAGGGUGCAGCUUCAGUUUCAUUUUUGCCUCUUAAAGUCCAGUAACCUUAAAAAAGGUUAAUUAUAUUAUAUGUAUGUGCUCUACGUCUGUCUAUAAUGCAAUAUAUAUUUCCUCCAGAAUAUGCAAUUUUUCAUAAAUACAAUUGCUCACUGUAACCAUCGGGAGUGAUUUCAUAAAGCUUGUUGUUCACCUGAUAUUCAGUUAUAUUGGAUUAGCUGGGCAGACAUCAUGCAAAGGUCAAUCAUGUUUUGAUGUGUUUUUUAUACACACAUGAUAAAAAAUGUUGUUAUAAAAAUGAGAGCUUUAAUGGGAGUAAUGCUUGUAGCAGUACUAAAUUGUGAGUAAAUUGUAUUGGAAUGCAUAUAGUGCUGCUUGCAUAGUAGUGCUAUAUAAAUAAAAUAUACAUACAUACAUACAUAAAGCUUUAGGUUACUGGCCCUUUUAAGAAACAGGUGUAAAACACUUUUAACCACUGCUGACCGAACUUCAAAAUAACCACUAUUUUAAGUCCCUUUUCAUAAGAAAAAUCUAUCUCCCUUAUACUGCAUUCCAGGCCUUUUGAAGCAAAAGGGUUACAUGUGACUUAAGCCACUGUGUAUUCAUUUUCAGGGUUGUACCUGAUAGUACUUUAAGUACUUAGACAAUGCUGUAAGCAAUAUGAUCAGACAGUAUGGCUGAUCUUGGCUGAAAUGGCAAAUUACCUCUCUCUACUGAGGCUCCUUAGUUGAAAAGCUUUGAAAUCUACUUGUUCAAGCAGUCUUUACAAAAACUGUAAAAACGCAGCUAGAUAUGAUCCAUGGUCAACGCAGCUGGUUAAGGAUCUCAUUUGGCACGUGUGUGGCCCCAUCUGGCCCACAUCUGUAAAAGCACUCUUGAACCCAGCACACUAGAAUAUCUUUUACAAGACUUCACAGCCACCAAGAAAUUCACGCUAUUCACGUCUGUCUUCUUGGCCAUAAGAACAAACGGCAGAUGUAUAACACAUUGGAAAAAAAUAGAAAUGAUAGCUACAACGGGCUCUGGCACUGCAACGUUUACAUAUAAUUCAGACCCUUAAAAAAAGAUCUUUUUUUAAAAAAAACAGUCUUCCUUAUUUUCAGUUUUGCCAUUAUUUAGCCACACAGUUCUAUGUAUGCGCAGGCACGUUUGUAUAUACAUACAUAGUUACAUAUAUACACGCGCCUGUGUUGUGGCAAGUUCCAAUGCAACUGUAUCACUAUUUAAAAUAUGUAGAUGUUUUAUUUAUUUAGCAUUGUUUUUUAGGGGUUUUUGCCUUUGUACAUUGGAUAACAGAAAUAUUCAUUAUGCAUUAUGAUUUGUUUAAAGAAUGCCAACAAAUUGGAAACUAUAUAUGCAUUACAUUUGUCUUAUUAAUAAUCUUACUGGUA